GAGGGGAGGUGGCCGCCGCGUCUGCCUGCGUCUCGGCUGGGCGCGGGGACCAUGGCUCCCGCCGCGCUGCAGGCGCCCGAGAUACAGUUCGCGCAGCGCCUGGCCGCCAACGAGAAGCGCAUCCGCGACCGCGCCGUGAAGAAGCUGAGGAGCUACAUCAGCGUCCGGACGCAGCGCCCGGCCGGUGGCUUCAGCCAGGAAGAACUGCUAAAAAUAUGGAAGGGACUGUUCUACUGUAUGUGGAUGCAGGAUAAACCUCUGCUACAGGAGGAACUAGCAAAUAAUAUUUCACAGCUUAUCCACGUAAUUCAGAAUACAGAGGCUCAACACCUGUUCAUUCAGACCUUCUGGCAAACUAUAAACCGUGAAUGGAAUGGGAUAGACAGUCUGCGUCUUGAUAAGUACUAUAUGCUAAUCCGUAUGAUCUUGAGGCAAUCCUUCGAAGUGCUGAAAAAAAAUAAAUGGGAUGAAAAUCUGAUUGAACCAUUUCUGGAACUGCUGAUGAAAGAAGUUAUGGACCCAGACAGCAAUGCUCCCAGUGGGAUAAAGUUCCAUUUCAUUGAUAUCUACCUGGGUGAAUUGUCUAAAGUCGGUGCAAAGGAGCUCACAGCUGACCAGAAUCUAAAGUUCAUUGAACCUUUCUGCAAAAUUGCUUCCAAAUCAAAGGAUCAUCGCGUGAUGCACGCCGUAGCCAGUGGUAUCUUUGAGGUCAUUGUGGAUCAGUCACCCUAUGCCAUUGAGGAUCUAAUGAAAGAAUUGCGUAGCAGCAGUGACGAGGAGGAUCUGUCUGAAGAAGAUGAACAGGGAAAUGAAGAAGUGCUUAAAACAAAAGACAGAAGUUCAUCAAGAAAAUCGGCACAGAGCUCUGAAAAUUCGGAGGAUGUUUAUGAAAAUGCUGAUGACGGUAUUGGGCCUGUUCUUCAGUUUGAUUAUAAAGCUCUUGCUGACAAACUCUUUGAAUUGGCAAGCAAGAAAGAUACACCUGCCUUUAACAGAAAGCGUCUGUACAAGCUGGUCAAAAAGUUCCAGGACUUAGCGGAAGGAAUCUUCCCCCAAGAUAUUCCUGAAGAUGUUUCUACAGAUGAAGAUGAUGAUACGUUUAGUAGGGGAAGGCGAAAGAAAAAAACUGUCAAGCCUUUAGAGAAAAACAAGUUGGAAAAAGUAGAAGUGCAUUCAGAGAAGGAUGAACAAGAAACAUCAAGUGCAAAGGAGGCACCAGUUCCUCGGAAGAAAAGAAAAAAAAGGAAAAAGAGGAAUAGUCCAAGUGCUGAUUCUAGCCCAGCUGAUGGAAAUUGUGAGGAGGGGAUAACUGAAACAUCUGGAUCUAACGUUUCCAACUGGGGAAGGGUGCCAGAAAAUAGCAAGAGAAUGAAGAAAAAGAAACCCCUAGUAAAUGAGGCAAACGUGACCAGAAACAUAGCAACUGAGACCGGAGGCGAUUGUAGUAUCUCUGAGCAGGAUGGUCUGACUGACACAGAACAAAAUAAAAAGAUUCAGUUGAAGAAAAUGGAUGCAAAAGCACAAAAUGUUUCUGUAAAGCCAGUGUGUCAAAAUGGAACAGCUAAUGGCGGUGAGGCAGAGGAUGCCAGCCCAUCUGUCACACCGUUAACUCCUAACGUUGUGAAAAAGAAACAGAAAUUGGGGACUGUCUUAAUGAAUGGUGAUGCCCUACUGCAGCAGACUGACGUAAAAUCUGACAAGGAGAGCUUGCUGGGGACCCUGUCAGGAGAGGCAAACUCUGAAUCUGCACCCUGCAGAAAAGUCAAAUUGAAGAAAAAAACAAAACUAGGUGGUUUAGAGGGGACCAAGGUCUCCAGCCAGAAAGCAACAACCCUAAAAAAGAAGAGAAAAAUAGAAGAGAUACUAAGCUCUGUCGAAGCCAACGGAAAUCUUGAGACUGCAUGCAAGAAACAAAGAAAGGGGGAAACCAGCACUACUCUAUUACCAUUAAAGAAAAAGAAAGCAAAAGCAGGGAGCGACUUUGUGAAAUUUGAAAAAUCAACUUUACCAAAGCCAGUGUUCUUCAGGAAAGCCAAAGGCACCAUCUCUUCCACCAGGGCCUCCAUGCAGUUGAGUAAGUUGCAAUCGUCGGGCUCCAAAAAGGUCACCUUUGGCCUGAAUAAAAACAUGACUGCUGAAUUUAAAAAGACUGACAAAAGUAUCUUAGUGAGCCCACAAGGACCUUCCCGUGUGGCUUUUAAUCCUGAGCAGAAACCCCCUCAUGGAGUGCUGAAGUCACCUGCAGGUACCCCAGCAGGAGAGCCUCAAAUGAAAAAACUGUUUACUCUGCCAGCUAAGAAGAGACCAACUGCUAUGGACUUCUUUUAAACCAACAGAAGUGGCCUACUUUUGUACAGGACAUUUCUCUAACCUAGAAUAUUCUCUGGAGGUAUUUUGAACUUUUUUAUUUUUUUUAAGUUAAUAUGGAUUGUAUAUACAAGGUUCCGAUUGUGACCUGGUAUUUUGACUAUAGCAGGUACACUGCUAUUUUGACACCACUUCAGCUGUAUGUUGAAAUACUUGUUUUGUCUAAAAAAAAAAAAAAAAGAAGCAAAAGAAAAGAAUCAUAAUCCAAUCUCUGCUCAGGUUUGGUCCACAAAAGGUAUGGUCUCUGUCCAUUUCAUUCUCAAAAGACUUAUUCAUUUAAUUAAAGAAUUUUCAGGGUUAGAUUGUUCUGGGGAUUUUUUGAGCCAGUUUAUGAAAACUUGCAAUUCAUGCUGUUUAACUGUCUUUCAUAGCAUGGAUAUUAAAAAGAAAGAAGACAACGUAGAUUUUAAACUUAAUAGUUGUUCAUGUAUUUUAAAACUUUACCCCAUCAUUUUUCCCACAUCACCCUUGGCAUCCUGUUUAUUCAUCUUCUCAAAAUAGUGAUUACCUAGUGUCUCAGUUUAAGCACAGCUGAACUUGGGUAAUUCUACAGAUAGUAAGGAAACAUUUCCUGGGAUAAGAAGUGCCUAGCUGCUCAGGUGAUCACUGAUACAAAUAAACAUUCAUGGUUAGUUGCCUGCUGGUUGAGAACGCGCACACCACAUUAUUCUUAGCAAUGCAAGUGCCAAAGCUGACUUACACUUGUUAAAAUGUAAGCUGGCUUGCUCUCUAUACUGUAACUGAAGUUACACUCAUAUGGGGGAAAUCUUUGAUAUUUCCAGUAGGUCUUUUGCCCUUGCCCUUUCCUCCUUGCUGGUUUUCCUAAAGGUCUCACAAGAAUCCUUUUUUUUUCUUUUUUUUUUUUCUUUUAAGCAGCUGGUAUCAUCACAUUUUCCAGAGUUCAGAUCUCAUUCACCUCUGAAUGAACCUCUGAUUGUAGUAAAAUGAGCUAGAUCAGUGUAGUUCAGCGUUGGUUAGGAUGUGCAUCUCUCAGAAAGCUUAGGUGUCUCUAAAUACAGGGUAAAACUUCACAGCCCAAACAGCUUGAUUUUGCUUUUGAUGUAAAACCAGAAGAAUUCUUUCUGUAACACUUCCUUGUAUUAAGUUUUUAUUUGGAUAUUUUAUUACUGCUGUGCAUAGUUUGUUUUUAAUUUGCUUCUUUACCAAAGAAGCAAGAUGUGCUAUAAAGACCAUUAAUAUAUUCCAAGCGGGAACAGUGAGGAAGGGAAGAGCAGAUGUAAACAAAAUCUUUUCUGAUAUGGUGUAGGAGGUACUUGAGACUUGCUUAUGCCAAUAAAACAUUGGCUUUGCUGCAGAUCUAUACAUCUCUUCAAAAUACUUGUGUGCUUGCAGAUUGCUAACUGUAUCAGUUGCUCAGUUCUAAUCCAUGACGGUUCUUCUGAGUUCACGACAGUCCUUGGCUUGCUUAACUGCCAUGAGAGUGUUAAAAAUUAAUUUUGCCGUUAUCAUUGCUCAUUCAAAAUGAAGGACUGAAUUUCAGUAGAUUUUGUUUCAGUUUGUAUUGAUUUGACUGAUCAGUAAAGAACUCUGGAGAAUACAUCUGAUAAAAUUAGUAAUAUUUGCUGUUUGAGCAAUUACUGUUAUUUUUUUAAAAAAGUCUCAUUGUAUAUUAUCAUAAUGGUUUUUCUGACAAAAUGGUGAGUAGGAUUUAACAAGGACUGUUCAAUAUGUUGUACUGUUUAUCUUAUAUUGUAGGUAAGAAGUUUCUCAUGAAAUAUGCAUAAAAGCAUUUGUAUGUGCAUGGCUGUUAAUGUGUUAUGUUGAAAAUGCAGUAUUCUUCCAGGAUAUAGACGCAAACAAUCAGUAGGAGGAUCUGGUGUGCAUAGAGAAGUCCAGUAUCAGGAAUGCAGUGGGGUUGGUUUGGGGUUUUUUUUUUUUGUUUGUUUGUUUUGUUUUUUAAUAACCUGCAAUGGAAAUGUAUUUAAAUGGCUGUCUGGAUCUUUUUUAAUUGGCUCUGGAUCCUUUGAUCUGUUACUUGUCCAAAUAUUUUGUCACCCACAGUGCUAAAUGGAGCAGGCAGAAAUGGCAGUCAGUGUUUAACUAAAAUUUUAGUGGUGUGAUUGCUUUUGAGGAUUCAUGAAUACUAUGUCUGUGCCAUGAUCCUGAUGGAAUAUUUUGUAAAUAUGCAUGAGUAGUGUGUAUUGUCUUCAGUGGUGUCUGGAAUUUCAUUCAGGACAACAUUAAAAACAGAAACCCAACAUUGUCAAUGCAGUUUAAUCUGCAUUGUUGGAAUAAAUUGAGUAAAUUACCCAGGACAUUUGGGUAUUGAAAAUUCCAACAAACAUUGAAGACAAAAAAAGGAGAAAUAAAUGCAACAUCUGGGAUACCUAGUAUACAGACAUCAUGGCGCUGUAAGGAGAGAAGUAUCUAUAGGAAAAAAAGUAAAGCUAAUCUAACUGGUUUAAUGUCACUCCACAGGUUUUCUUGUUUGUUUUUUUUCAUGAUUUUAUUACAACUCUGUAGCUGCCGAUCAUGUUCAGAGUUAAAUUAAGGGUAGAGUUGAUGUGGCAUAUCUUUUAAAGGACAGUGUUUUGUAAUGGGUGUGUCUCUGCAUUUUUGUUAUUAAUCUGAUCAACUUUGUACUUCCCCAGCUCUAAUUCUUUAUAGCUUCAAGAGAAUUCAAAAGCACAAGAUCAUUUCCUUGCAAAGAAAAAGGUUAACAUUAUAUUUAAAAAUAAGGGGUAUGCGAAAUCUUUUAUAGUCUGUUAAAGCUUUGUAACUUGGAAAGCAUCAAAUGUCUUUUUUUUUUUUUUUUUUUUGUCUUUUAUUUCCUGUGCUUAGAUUUAAUUACAGGCAGAAAAAAAUCCAUGUGUUACUUUAUGUACAUCUGCAACAGCAUUGUUAAUACAAAUAUGGCAUCUAAACAUUAGAAAAUUUAAUCUAGGCCAAUAAACCAUCUUCUUUGUGGA